AUGACUACUAGACGCCUUACCCGUCAGCACAUUUUGGCUAACGCCUUGAGCAACAAUGAUGAAAACAAUCCCUCAAAACACCUUUUACAUUCAUCCGAAAAUGCUAUUAUACCAGGAAAAAAACCGAUCUCCACUUCUACAUCUAAUAAAAAGCGUCACGCUUUGGACGAUGUCUCAAACUUCCAUUCCAAGGAAACCAGUGCGCCACUCGCGAGCAAGACUGCAAAUGUUCGGCACACCAAUGCUGGUUACCCAAUCCAUCGCCCUCAGGAAAGAAAGGACACUACCAAAGUUGUUGAUGAUGAGCCUGUUUCCAAGAAACGUCGUCAACCUUCUGCCCUUAACUCUUUGUCCUCAUUCUCAGCUACCCAUCCUGUGGAUAUUGUUUCGACCCAGCCUGUGGCAGACUUUCACGCAGAUGCUCAUGCCAAAGAAAACGAAGCUCUUUCAAAGAAACUAAAGAAGGAUACUGAAGAUCGCGUUCCACUUCAGGAACUCAUGCACCAGAAUGCUGCUGUUGAAAAGCCAGAACUGCAAGACUGGGAUGAUUUGGAUGCUGAAGACUGGGCUGAUCCUCUUAUGGUUUCUGAAUAUGUUGUUGAUAUCUUCCAGUAUCUUAACCAAUUAGAAAUUGAAACAAUGCCAUCGCCCACCUAUAUGGAUCGUCAAAGAGAACUUGCUUGGAAAAUGCGUGGUAUAUUAACAGAUUGGAUCAUUGAAGUGCAUUCUCGUUUCCGUUUACUUCCCGAGACCCUCUUUUUGGCUGUAAACAUCAUUGAUAGAUUUUUGUCUUUGCGUGUUUGUUCUCUCGGUAAACUGCAACUAGUGGGAAUUGCUGCUUUGUUCAUUGCUAGUAAAUAUGAAGAGGUCAUGUGUCCCUCUGUCCAAAAUUUUGUUUAUAUGGCUGAUGGCAGUUAUGAUGAGGAGGACAUACUUCAAGCCGAAAGGUAUAUAUUACGCGUUUUGGAGUUUAAUCUUGCGUUUCCUAAUCCUAUGAACUUUUUACGACGUAUCUCUAAAGCUGAUUUCUAUGACAUUCAAACAAGAACUGUUGCUAAGUAUUUGGUCGAAAUAGCUCUUUUGGAUCAUAGACUGUUACCCUAUCCUCCUUCCCAACAGUGUGCAGCAGCUAUGUAUUUAGCCCGAGAAAUGCUUGGACGUGGUGUUUGGAAUCGUAAUCUUGUACAUUAUUCUGGAUACGAGGAACACGAACUUAUCUCUGUUGUGAAGAAAAUGAUUAAUUAUUUGCAAAAGCCAGUCCGACACGAAGCUUUCUUUAAGAAGUAUGCUUCUAAGAAAUUUAUGAAAGCCAGCUUGUUCGUUCGUGAUUGGAUUAAAAAGAAUUCAAUGCCGUUGGAAGAUGAUAUCGAUGAAGACUAUGCGUACCAUCAAGAGCAACGCAUACACCAUGAUAUGAGGGAUGAAAGCUGGUAA